CAUGUUACUUUUUCAGCACAUGACAAAGUGAUAACUAUCCUAUAACCUCCAUUCACUAAUCAAACUAUACAUUUCGAGUUGCAUAAACUCUCCACGAAGCAACCCUAAGCUUUCGUACACCAUUGCCUCUUACUAUAUAUAUAUAUAUACACACACACACACAUACACAUUCAUGUAAAUAAUUAUAUAAACAUUUAGUAUAUAUUUUAUUGUAUAUAUAUCUCCCAUCAAGCUAAGUUAGCUAACUACCAAGAAAAAUAAAAAAUUGCCAUCAAAUUAAAGGUUCAAAUUCUACCUGGCAUCCCUCAAGUCUCUCUCUAGCUUACGUUUGCUUCUCUCUCUAGAACCAGAGCAGAUUUAACGACCAUGUCUGUUGAAGCUUUCUCUCUCUCUUCUCUCUCGAGUUUCUUUAUCGUCAUCAUCUCACUUCUUACACACCCAUCAGCUUCCGCCCCGGACUCCUUCGUAUACGGUGGCUGCUCUCGGUUAAAAUACGCCCAGGGCUCACCAUACGAGUCCAACGUCAACUCCAUACUCACCUCCGUGGUCAACUCAGCCUCCAUCUCCAUCUAUAACAAUUUCAAAAUCGCCGUCCCGGGCUCGAGCCAAAACGACGUAGUCUACGGCCUCUUCCAAUGCCGGGGCGACCUGAGCAGCUCGGACUGUAGAGAUUGCGUGGCCCGCUCAGUGAGUCAACUCGGCGUCCUCUGCGCCGCCUCGACCGGCGGCGCGUUGCAGUUGGACGGGUGUUUCGUGAAGUACGACAACACCUCGUUUUUGGGGGUGGAGGACAAGACUGUGGUGUUUAAGAGAUGUGGGCCGCCGAUUGGGUACGACUCCGACUCGUUGACCCGCCGUGAUGGUAUGCUGGCGUAUCUGGCCGCUGGAGGGCAGUUCUAUCGGGUUGGUGGGUCCGGGAAUGUACAGGGUGUGGUGCAGUGCGUACAGGACUUGAGUGUGAGCAAAUGCCAGGAUUGUAUAUCGGAGGCGAUCGGACGGCUGAGAAGCGAUUGUGGCUCGGCGGCUUGGGGGGACAUGUUCUUGUCCAAGUGCUACGCGCGGUACUCGGAGCGUGGCGACUAUUCAAAGAGAGAUUCGAAUGAUGAAGAUAAUGACACCGAGAGGACGCUCGCCAUUCUUAUUGGAGUCAUAGCUGUUGUUGCAUUCGUGGUCAUUUUCCUAUCCUUUUUAUUAAAAAAAAUUGAGAAGAAAGGUGGUAAAUAAAUCAUAAUUUGUGGAUAAUUUAGAAAAUGCACUCUCUCUCGCAUUUGUAUUAUGGUAAAUUGUUUCGCUUUUCUUUUAUGGUCCCUUCUUUGUUAUCUGUCCUUGUCUCUUUGAAAUUUCCUUCAUAUUUCCUCUGAGAUGACAUACAUAUAUAUAUAUAUAUAUAUAUAUAUAUAUAUAUAUAUAUAUAUGUAUGUAUAUAGCUACGAAGGAAUAUAAGAUGUGCAUGGAGACAGAUGCCCUUCAACACGUGAAAAGCAGGAAGUGAUGGCAACAGAUUCCCAAUUCCUUACAUUCAUAUAGCAAAGUUAAAUUAGCUUUAUCUACUUGUGUGUAUAAAAUUCCAUUACUUUUGUAUUUUGCUGAAAAUAAAUGCAUUGUUUUGGAUA